AUGGAAAAUGAUGACCUCCUCGUUGAUACCAGCCCACGUGACACGAGCGAGCAGCUACAGUAUCCGUAUCCGAAGAAAAAGAUCACAUCGAUUUCGAUCCACGAUCACUGGUCGGACGGCACCGGAGGCCAGAGCAAGAUCCUAGAGGGCGGGGUCGACCACGACCGCGUCAAGAUCAAGCUUCAAUCUAGCCACAUGUUCCGCGGAUACGAAUUCACGGUCAUCAUCACCGGUGCCACAAUUGUUUCAUGGCGUGUAAACAACCAGGAACAACUCUUUGUUAGCAAGCAAGCAAUUUUUGAUGGAAAGAAGGCCAUUCGUGGUGGGGUUCCAUUUGUCUUCCCUCAAUUUGGGUCAUGGGCAAUUGGACCACAGCAUGGUUUUGCCAGGAUAACCCAAUGGGCCCUUGAAAAACCACCUGAAAGGCUUCCAAGUGGAGAUGUUGAAGCAAUAUUUUCACUUCAGGACUCAGAUUUUACCCGUGGAAUUUGGAAUCAUGCAUUUAGACUGAGUUAUCGUCUCAUCUUACGAGAGAAGGAGCUACAUUUCAAUGUAGGUGUCUACAAUCCUGGAGCAGAGGCCUUCAGCUUUACAAUCCUUCUGCAUACCUAUUUCAAGGCUCCUGAUGUGCGACGCUGUCAGAUCACAGGAUUGACUGGUUCUACAUUCAUUGAUAAAACUCAAGAAGGUGCUGUAUUCCGGGAAAGUAGGGAUGUUGCUACAAUCUCAGAGUAUACAGAUCGAAUUUACUGCAACACUGCUGGGGAACAUGUAAUCUGCAAUGUAGUUUCAGGGAGAAAAAUGAGAAUGCAGAAGUACAACCUUCCUGAUACUGUGGUUUGGAAUCCUUGGGCAGAGAAGGCCAAAGGAAUGAGUGAUUUUGGGGACGAUGAGUUUCCCAACAUGAUAUGUGUGGAGGCUGGCCAUGUAGCCUCUCCUGUCCUCCUCCCUCCUGGAACCGUAUUUGAGGCAUCACAGAUUCUUCAAGUUAUAUGAUCCGGUCCUCAAUUUCUCAGUCAUCUAUGCCUAGAAUUAUCAGUUUAAAUCAAUCUGCAAUGUAGAAUGCUUUUUUUCAUUCCUUGUUACUCCUCCAUCUUUCAUCCCACCAGAACUCUUCUGUAUUUUUUUAUGUUGUGUCUGGAAGCCUCUGUUAGCACAUGUUGCAAGGUACUGAGAAUUUUAGAGAGACUCCCAUUGUAGGUGUGAAAGAAUUGCUAAAUGGCAGUCCUGAUGGAUAUGCAUGAAAUGGUUUUACAAGAGCCUAAUCAUUUCAUUUUGAAAUGAUUCUUUCCUAUCUGUAAUUUUGUAAUUGCAAAGGGUUUUCAUCUGUGCAUGCUACUAUUAAAUUGGCUCCACUGCAAGGUCCAGUCACAGGUUUAGUGAGAUGUUACAUUACGCAUGAUAGGCCUGCAAAGCAAGCUGUGUUAGCUUUUGGAGAGUAAGAUACCAUGCUGGCAUGGUUCAGUCCUCCCAUGUUGUGCACUCCCAAAGAAAGUUACUACCCGGUGAAUCAUGUUUUUAUUAGGUGGAUUUAACAAGUUGAAAGUGAGAUUGGAAGUGGAUUUAUUGUGGGACUGUAUUGUUAAAUUAGACUUUGAGGAAAUGCAAAAGGCCUUCAGGUAGUUUCUUUCCUGUUUUGAAAGAGAGUUUCAGGACAUAUGAUUAUAUCACUGUAAUCUUUUGUGAACACCAUGUGUGAAUGUCAUCUCUUCUUGAUGCUCUGUUCCAUCAUCUAGAUCCAUUUCUUCUUCAUGAGAGUGUUUGGUAACAGUGAAAUUUAAAAUAUUUGAUUAAAUGUUUUCUAUGAAAAAAUGUAAGCAAUAGAAGAGCAUGAUGCUCAUCAUAUGCUAUGUUUACUGUCUUUCAAAGCACUUCAUUCAACUCUUGUUCCCAUCUUGGCUUCUUUGUCAAAGUCCCCAUUUGUCUUGAAAAUGCAUCCAAAGUCUUUGCACCAGGUUCACUGAAAGGCAGUUUAGUUUGUGAACUGUCUGAUCAGACAAGCUAGAUCAGUAUUUCUUUGUCAAAUAGUUUUUCAUAGCAUGCUUCAAAUUUCUAUAUUUUCACCAUCCCAUCCAUUCAGCUUAAGAAAUGAAUUUGCCUGCAUUGAGUCAAAGUCCAUCCUACAUCAAGGAUAUUUUAAUUCACUGAUUGCUAGUACCUGCAAGUAGUUAUAAAUUAUUAGUUUUACAGGACCUUAUACAGUAUUACUGGUCCAUCCUUUAUGGCAAUACAGCUGUUGCAAUAUAGCUGUUGAAAUGAGUUAGUCUUGGUUUUCUUUGGGUUUACCUCCAUGUAAUUUGAUAUCUGAAGCCCCUCACAUCUUGAAUAUUUUAAAACAGGUUCUAAAUUAUAUAGAUUAUGAAGGGUUCACUGAAAUUAUAGGCUAACCAGUAGACUGGAUUUAAACUUGCAGUAUUUAGGGAUCUUGUCAAUUUGAGCAAUUUCAUUAUAAUUAUUGUUCCACCUUCAGCCUCUCUUCCUUUACACCCUCUAGGUUCUUCACCAUUCUCCUCAAUUCAUACUGCACUGUUUUCGCAAAAUGCCACAGUGGUAUCAACUUGCAAUUUUUUGCAAUAAGCAUCUUAUCCAUGAAUUGUUAUGUGCUUCAUAUGUAAGCAUUCAAGAUGUACAAAUAUUUCCAUUUUGAGGUCUUUUUAAUGCUAGUUUUUUUUGCCCAUAUUUGAGGUUCUUUGCAUCCUCCCAAUUAGCCUGCUAGAUUGAUUGUGGUUAUUGGGAGUAGUGAAGGGUUCUUAUUUGGCUCAAUUGUGAGUUGAUUGCAGGAGUAAUGGUAUGGAUGCAGAAUCAUCUCUAAAUCACAAGAAACAGCUUAGAGCUGUUGGAUUGUGGCAUAAUCCUUGUUUGUGGCUGGUUUUUCACUUUGUGAUGCUCAAGUGAUUGUAUGGAAUUUUGACAGGGU